UCUCGAAUUAAAUCAGCUGACGGAUUGUAUCUCCCUCGACUCAAAUGGAAUGAGCCGAAGGAGCCGGUUGCUCGAACGCUGUCACCGGAGCUGGCUGUGGGCUGAAUGCCGGACUGACCAAAGGACUCGCAGCUACAAAAAGAGGACUUUUUGUUUGGGGACGAAAACACGAUGGCCUCCAACUUCAAUGAUAUUGUGAAGCAAGGAUAUGUGAAAAUUCGGAGCAGAAAGCUUGGGAUCUUCAGGAGAUGUUGGCUGGUAUUUAAGAAGGCAUCAAGUAAAGGGCCACGGCGAUUGGAGAAAUUUCCUGACGAGAAGGCAGCCUACUUCAGGAAUUUCCACAAGAUAACAGAGCUGCACAACAUCAGGAACAUAACCAGAAUGCCCCGGGAGACCAAGAAACAUGCGGUGGCAAUUAUCUUCUAUGAUGAGACGUCAAAGACAUUUGCCUGUGAGUCAGAACUGGAGGCUGAGGAGUGGUGUAAACUGCUGUGUGUGGAGUGUCUGGGCACAAGGCUUAAUGAUAUCAGUCUAGGAGAGCCAGACCUGUUAGCGGCGGGUGUACAGAGGGAACAAAACGAACGAUUCAAUGUUUACUUGAUGCCUACACCAAAUCUGGACAUUUAUGGGGAGUGCACUAUGCAGAUCACACACGAAAACAUUUAUCUGUGGGACAUUCACAAUCCUAGAGUCAAGCUGGUGAUGUGGCCCCUCAACUCCCUGAGAAGAUAUGGAAGAGAUUCCACCUGGUUUACAUUUGAGUCAGGAAGAAUGUGUGACACCGGAGAAGGACUCUUCACAUUUCAGACGAGGGAGGGAGAAAUGAUCUAUCAGAGGGUCCACUCUGCUACGCUGUCCAUCGCCGAACAGCAUGAGAGGAUGAUGAUGGAGAUGGAGAAAAGCUCGCUGACGUACUCCGGUUCAAACGAGACGACAUUAUCAAAGUCAAUAUCUCUGCCUCGGAGUGCUUACUGGCAUCAUAUCAUGCGUCAGAGCAGUGUGGGAGAUAUCUACAGUUUCCAAGAUCACAUCCAGCUGCCACUGCUAAGGCCAAGCUUGACAAUGACACUCAUACCCCGGGCACAGACUUUCCACAGCUUUUUCUCAGAACAAAGUCAUGAGCAACAGCGUCUGACUCAAGACCAGGAGCAAGCGUUGUCUCCCUCUAGUGGCUACGGAUCAAGCAACAGCCCUGAACCCGUCCAAUGACCUGUGCUGAAAGGCUGAUUAUUUUUCAUGAAGCCAAGACAGGACAUUCCAAUCCUUUAGUAUGAUUAUAGGACUAAAAUGCAUCUGAUGAUAUUGCUGAUGAGAUCUGUAGAAGAACAGCCAUACUUAAUUGUUUGUAAAGUAUGUUUUUUUUGUUUUGUUGUUUUUUGGUACUUCUUGGUUGAUGACUAAAUUUAGUUGAAAAUCACACCACCUAUACUAUAGUAAUCACACCCUGUGUAAAAGGCAGAAAUAAAUUUGACAACAGACAUUCCUCUCAGAAACUACUGCAGCAAGUCACUUUUAAAACCAAAAAAUUUACUCAUGUUAUUAAAUAAAACAUUAAACAAGUUAUUUUGACAGCUUUAGAUGUCACAAAUGUUCAAAGGUAUUCACCACAGGUGACGAGAUAUAAUUAUACUAUUUUAGAUUAUCUUGUAAUUGCAAAGCAAUGCUUUGACUCAGUUUAAAGAUUAUUUUAUUUUUAUGUUUCAUAGCAUCCCUGUAUGUCAAUUAAUCUAAUGUGUUUUCUGUAACUGCUUAAUUUUUAUUACUUAAUGUAUUAUUUUAUUAUUUGACCACAGAUUUCUUCUUUCACUUAGUGACACCCCCUUUCAUGUGAAUUCCAUGCUUGUACAAUGUACGAUUUAGAUCUCGGGUUGUAGUUCUCUUAUCAGUUUGGAACCAGAAGAGAACACAUCAAUGGUGUUUGGAAUGGUUCAUCUUGGCAGCCCUUUAAUGGCCUGUGUGUAAAGCAUGCAUAUCCGUCUUUGAAAAGGGGAGGACAUGGACGUGCCCAUCCUUACAUAGAUAACAGAUGAUCAGCUCGGUCUCCCUCAGCCAAACACAGCCAGGGUCAUCUGUUAUGAAUACUUUCCACAACCUGGGCUCAAAAAAAUAUUUUGUCUCCUAUAAUUUACACAACCAUCCAAGGAUUUCAUAAUUUGAUCUCUUUGUUCUGUGGGUCUUGACAUUUCUAAAUAACAAAGUUGUUAUUAAAAUGGAGUUGUAUCAAUAGUACACCAAAAUUAUCAAGUGCCUUUUAAAGGAAAUGUGGUUAUCUAUGCUCAAAUCUCCAGAAAACAAAGUUCAGCAAUUACAGACUUAAAAUGUUCUUAAAAAUAUGAAACCUUUUUUGGAAUAGCCUAAAGAGCAUUUUUGUGGCACUACAGAAUUGAACAUCCCUACACAAAUUAGUGUGAGUUACCCUUUGCUGCUCUAUGUGUUUAAGUAUCCCCGCAACAUACAGUAACAGACGCCUGCUUUUGUUUUGUGUAUUUAUGAAUAAUCACGUCAAUAGAGAUACAUGUACAUACUUCCUGUUUGUCCAUUUAUUUAUAUUUUAACACAUUAUAUGUGAAAAAAUUUAACCUGGACAUAGGUUUUAUUAACAGAUGAUGUGCCCUUCUAAGAAAGGUUUUCAGUAUGUAUGUAUGGUUAUUGUAUAAUGAUUCUGAUUAUAUAAGAAUAUGUAUGUGUGUGUUUACACACACACACACGAUUAAAAUUUAGUCUGCCUACUUGGAGCAUUUACAAUAUUUUGGAAAAAGGGAAAUGUAUUCCCAAAACCUUGAUGUUUGUUGUCUGUAAAACAAAUACUUAUUGUAGUCCUUUUUCCAAUGUGUAUACUGUUGUUUUAUCAAUUUGGUUCACUGAUCAUAGUCUGAAUAGUUUAUUUUCAAUUAUAACUUAUGUAAAACAUACUGGAGGUCUAUUUUAGUUUGUCAGGUAACUGCAAUUUGUGUUGAAAUAUUAAUUUAUUUUUGUUUGCCAUCAACCCCCCCCCCCCCC